GAAACAUUCUGGCUCUCUCACCAAAAUCCCAUUUCCCAAAUCCUUCUCUUUCAAUCAAUCAUCCAAUAACUCCCCUUUCUCUCUCCUCUCUCUCUCUCUCUCUCGUCGUUUCAUUGGAUCUCAAUCAAUGGCGUUCAUGGACAUUCCAACCACACCCCAGAUGGAAAAAAAGCCUUCUUCUUCUUCAUUUGCAAAAUCCAAAGUCAGAGUCAUAGUGAGAGUCCGGCCCUUUCUUCCGCACGAGGCCACCAGCGGAGAACAGAUGCCAUGCGUUUCCGUUCUCGACCAAGAAGAAGAAGAGGAAGUCGCGGUUUAUCUCAAAGAUAAAGAAACAAGCCGAAAUGAGUGUUACCAAUUGGACUCGUUUUUCGGGCAAGAAGACAAGAAUAUUAACAAGAUCUUUGAGAGAGAAGUGAGGCCUUUGAUUCCUGGGAUAUUUCAUGGCUGUAAUGGGACUGUUUUCGCUUAUGGGGCUACUGGUAGCGGAAAGACUUACACCAUGCAGGGCACCAAUGAUCAGCCAGGUAUAAUGCCACUGGCCAUGUCCACAAUCUUGUCAAUGUGCGAGAGAACGGGAAGCAGAGCUGAGAUUUCAUACUACGAAGUGUAUUUGGAGAGAUGUUAUGACCUUUUAGAAGUCAAAGCCAAGGAAAUUUCUGUGUGGGAUGACAAAGAUGGGCAGAUCCAUCUAGGUGGACUGUCCCGGGUCCCCAUAAGUUCCAUGCCCGAAUUUCACGAUGUCUUUUCCCGUUGUGUUCAGCGGCGGAAAGUCGCACACACGGGCCUCAAUGACGUGUCCAGUAGGAGCCACGGCGUGCUUGUGAUCUCCGUUUCUACGCCUUGUGGUGAUGAUUUUGGGGAUGGUCUUCUUGGAAAGUUGAACCUCAUAGAUUUAGCAGGCAAUGAAGAUAAUAGGAGAACCUGCAAUGAAGGAAUCCGCCUCCAAGAGAGUGCCAAGAUCAACCAGUCCUUGUUUGCAUUGUCCAAUGUGAUUUUUGCACUGAACAACCACAAGAGUCAUGUGCCUUACCGAGACAGCAAACUGACCCGUAUAUUGCAGGAUUCUCUUGGAGGAAAGAGCUGCGCUUUGAUGGUUGCUUGCUUGAAUCCAGGAGAAUACCAGCAGUCUGUUCAUACAGUCAGCUUGGCUGCUCGCUCGCGAAACAUUUCAAAUUUCAUUUCUUCUGCUCAUAAGCAAGAGACCCCAAAGGUUAAGGUUGACAUGGAAGCAAAACUGCGAGCUUGGUUGGAAUCGAAAGGGAAGACAAAGAGUGCCCAGAGGAUUGGAGCUCUUAACUCUUCUUUUGUGGGGAAAAGCUCAACUACUUAUAGCUCUAUUAUGAAACCCAAUUUCAAUAAUAGUUCAGUGAAAGCCAAAGUUUCCGCCAAUCGCAUUGCUUAUAAUGCGAAAGACGGGAAAGACGGGAAUGUCGCCAUACCUUUUAGAAAUCUGUUUGAUUACGAAGAUCUACAGGAUUAUUGGUCAAAAACUUUGAAAGAAGAAAGUGUGAGAGACAAUCUAAUGGUGUCAUCAAGUGAUGAAACUAAAGAAUCAAUUACAUAUUGUUGUGAUAACAAAGAGGAGAGCAAAAGGGUUGAUGAGAUUGUUGUGAUGGAAUCAAGUACAUAUUGUGAGGAAUCAAACCAGGAUGACAGCUCCGCAAAUGUCGUUAGAUCAUCGCCUAUUAGUGAGAAGAAAAGCACAUUGAGGAGUCCUUUAAGAAAAGUUCUUUCCCCCAUCAACACCAACAUUAAUCAACCAUAUCCUUCAGAGGAAUUCUCCUUCACAAAUCAACCAUAUCCUUUCCUUCUUGAGCCAAAGACUCCGAAAACGCCUUCUAUUCUCACCUGCGCAAAUAACAGAUCUCAAAAAAUGGGAACCCCGCUUGAUAAAUUUAAUGCUCAAAGCUCCAACUUGAAGAACUACCUUGUUCAAGAAUAUAUUGAUUUCUUAAAUGCAGCCAGCAGGGAGGAACUCUUGGAGUUAAAGGGGAUUGGGGUAAAAAUUGCAGAAUACAUAAUGGAGCUGAGAGAAACAAGCCCACUAAAAUCGCUGAGCGAUUUGGAGAAGAUCGGCCUCUCAUUAAAACAGAUACACAAUUUGUUUAGGCAAGCAGCAACAGGGGUCUUUGAUAAUACAACUUCCAGUUGUACAGAGUCUUUGAAGGCCAAUUGAACAGCUAAAAUAUUAGUUAUCAUUCAAGAUUUGUAAUAUAUGUUGUUACCUUGAGACUACUCUACUUGGGAGAUUGUUUUAAUCAAUUUAUUUUCCCUAUAUUGAUAUG